AUGCCCAUGCUAAUCAAAGGCAUCAACCAAAGAAAAGCCCGCAAGAGCAGUGUUGAAAGGGUUCCUCAGGAGAGGAAAAAGGAGAAUAAAAAGCAUGAAGACCUUCCAGAAGGCCACCACUUACCCCAAGGUCAAAUGCUGCAGGACACGGAGCACAACCAUAGUGCUGGGAGCAAAAAUAAAGAGGCGGGAGAAAACGAGGCUGCAGAGGAAGGACCCUUUCUCAGCAAAACAGAGCUACGAAAAGAUGUGAAAGGAGCGAGUGACAGCAAAGCCACAGGACGAAAUCGUGGAUCACCCUCUCCUACAGCAAAGAGUUUCCGAAUGUACGACGUGAGUCCUCUCUCUUCUUACCCGUUGCAGACUGAGAAGAUGUAUCCCCACAGAAGGGCUAGGAUGGCCCGUCUGCCCCAGCAGGGUCCUUUCCGGCACCUUCUGGACAUGAAGACAGAGAAGAGACUGGCAGGCUGGAAGGAACGGCGCAGCCGCUUUGGUGACAUCAGCGUGCACAAGUGCUAUCCGUUUGGGCAGCUCUUCUCUCCUUUCCAGGCUCUGGCUACCACGGAAAUGCGAAAGCUGGUAUUGCCUCGAGACCUACCCAUGAGUUCUCAUACGCAGAGAAUAAGUUCUUCAUCCCUCAGUGACAUGAAUCUCCAGGAUUUACCCCUGUCUCCCAAAGAGCUGAGCUUGGGAAAGAAUGACAACCGUCAAGAAAAAGAGAAACCAGUGAGCCAUAUUAAAACGCCUUUAUUCCCCCCCAUAGUUAAGGCAACAAAAUAUAAUGACAUGAAAUAA